AUGCUCUCCGCAUUCGGCUUCGACACCUCCAAGAGCGCCGGCCGGACCGUGAACGCGAUGUCCUCCUUCUCCGCCCCGGGCGCGGUCGCUGCAAGGCCGGGGCCGUACCGGCAGCAGAGCUACCACACGCAGGGGUUCGAGGUGGAGCGCAAGCAGCCGCUGCAGCUGCAGAUCGGCGCGCAGGCGUCGCAGGACCGGCGGCUCGCGCUCGUCGGCGCGGGGGCGGGGGCGGGGGCGGGGCAGAAGCAGGUGCAGUGGCUGGGCGCGGGGGCGGGGGCGGGAUCGAAGGAGAAGGCGCGGGCGUACGGGAUCUACCCCGGGCUGGAGAGCGACGUGUACAUCUACCAACGCUCGAUCUCCGCCGCGUCCGCGGACGACGAGGGCUUCUUCGCCGCCUCGCCCGUCGACGAGUCCUCAAGCGACGAGGAGGAGGCGGGCGGGCUCGACGUCGGGCCCCGGCGACGGGCUGAUGGGCGCCGUGCGGACAUUGUUGGGCCGGGCACGGCCACGUUCGCGUCCGUCGAGAUUUCGUCCACCCGCGCGUCGUCGAGCACCGAGACGCUCGAGAGCACGCUCCCCGCCCGCGUCCGCAAAGACUCGUUCUCCCGCGCGUUCCCCUCCUCCUUCCCUCCCCCCUCCGCACACCUCCCCCGCCUCCUCCGCCCCGCCCCGCCCGCCCUCGCCCUCGCCCGGAGCACCUCCCGCGCCGCGUCCCACCCGCCCAUCCCCAUCUCCGUCGCCCCCGCCCCGCCCGCGAUCCAGCUCGCGUCCGCCCCGGUCGAACACUCCCCCUCCUCCUCCGACGCCUCCGACUCCGAGACCGUCCCCGACGCCGCCCCCCGCCGCAGCACGAGCACGGACAUGGUCGUCGACGUCCUCAGCGGCGCCCCGCCGCAGUGGGUCCCCCGCCUCCCCCCCUCGCUCGCCCGGAGCGCGACGCCGUUCCGCAGGGAGAGCGACAGCCGCGUGCAGCACUCGAGCGGCGCGACGGCCUACGGCGCGCACGCGCGCAGCACGAGCUCGGGCCAGGGUGGGGCAGCGGGGGCUGGAGCGGGCAGGUACGCGGAUUCGGUCGCGUCUGCGCAUCUGCCGCCGCCGCCGCCGUCGUCCUCCCCACCUGCGUCCUCGUCCGCCUCUUCUUCCUCCGCCCCACCGGCCUCUGGCCCGUCUUCCCGACGGGAGAGGGAGCGGGAGCGGGAACGCGACCGCGACCGCGAACAAAGGGCACCGUCUCCCCCGCACGCGGCUCCAGCUCCACCCACGGCUCACGCGCAAAUCUUGCCGCCAGCGCUGUUCCCCCCUCCCCCCGCGGCUUCGGCGAACCCGCCCGCCCCCCCAAGCACCUCGGUCUCGAGCAGCAGCACGCUCCAAGGCACGCCGCCGCCGCCGGGCCCGUUGGCGGGCGGGCUGGUCGUCGCGACCGUCAACAAGCGGUCCGUGCGCUGGACGGAGGACCUCGUCUGCCCGUCCCCGAUCCCGAGCGACCGGCGGCGGAAGGGGUGGUUCAACAAGCGCGGGGACCAGCUGUGGACGAACGACGGGCAGUACAAGGUCCCCGAGCCGGGGACGGAGUAUCCGCUCGAGCUGGCGCACUACCCCGAGCCGCUCACGGGCUGGAUGAACGAAGAGGGCGUGCGCAUCGACAUGCAGCACCGGCUCGUCCCCAAGCAGCCCCUCCGCCCCGCGCUCAAGCGGCCGCGCCAGAUCACCCUCUGA